CAGGACCCACUUGCAAGCUGGCACAUGUGGCAUCUGGACACUCCUGUCGCGAGACCUCGCCGGGCCAUCAUCGAGAACCACUGCGACCUCCGUUCCGACUUCGACCUCGUCCCGCCCGCCCGUCUUCACUCGUCACCCCGCGCAGCAUGAAGUUGUCAUUCAUGUCCGUCGGCCUCACGGCCUGGCUGGCUUCAGCAGUCUCCGCCACCGCCCUCACAUACAAGCUCUCCCCUCACGAGGAGGCCUGCUUCUACGCCUCCACCGAGAAGACUGGCACCAAGAUGGCCUUCUACUUCGCUGUCCAAUCCGGUGGCUCAUUCGACGUCAACUACGAAGUUACCGGCCCUGGCGGCAGGAUCAUCAUUGAGGGCGAGAAGGAGCGCCAGGGAGACUUUGUGUUUACGGCCAACGAUGCCGGAGAGUACAAAUUCUGCUUCGCAAACGACAUGAGCACGUACUCUGAGAAGUUUGUCGACUUUGAGAUCGCGGUCGAGGACGAAGUACGAGCCACACUGCCUGCCAAGCAGGGCACAUCCCCCGAGCAGACGACUCAGCUCGAGGAGUCAAUCUACAAGAUUUCUGGCCAGCUGUCAACUAUUACUAGAAGCCAGAAGUACUUCAGGACGAGAGAGAACCGAAACUUUGCGACUGUGCGGAGUACGGAGGGCCGCAUCUUCAAGUUCAGCCUGAUUCAGUGCAUCAUGGUGGUUGCCAUGGGUGGUCUCCAGGUCUUCGUUGUGCGGUUCUUCUUCCAGGGUGCUCGCAAGGGUUACGUAUGAACCAGUCGCGGCGAUCUGAGGUCCUUCUUCCUGUCUGCAGCAGGCUCGGGCUCUGCAUGGGGCAUGCCACUGCGUCCAUGCUGAAGUUGCUGUAAAAAAUAGCAAUGAAUAGUUGAUGAAGUGUCGGAUUUCCAAGACUAUAUGAAGAGCAUUUAUAUGAUGGCGGCAUGUUAUGGGAUAAGCAAGCGAACACCGGAGUUCCUGCAAGGAUCAGAACACGCAGCUUGGCCCUGCCAAGUUGUGAAUACAUGACAUUCAAACCA